UGUCAAAUAUCAAAAUCUAAUUCUAACCUCAUUAUUUGAAAAUUGCAGUAGUUCUCCUGUUAGUAUCUUUAUAAUUUUCGUAUCAAUUACUAUAAAAAGUAAUUUGUACGUAAUAAAAGUUUCAACAGCUGUACGCAUUUGAAAAUAACUACAUUCCUUUUAUUUAUUGAAAGUAAAACUUAAUUCUUCUCUAAGAUGACUUCUCCGCAAGGAAUGAUGAGUGAAGCUGAUCAAAUUAAAACGUUCAAAGAUUUCUUGGUCCAGUACAAUAAAUUGUCGGAACUUUGUUUUAAUGACUGCAUACACGACUUCACUUCGAGAAACUUGCGACCAUCAGAGGACAAAUGCACAUCAAAUUGUAUGGAGAAGUAUUUGCGCACCAACCAAAGGGUGUCUCAAAGGUUCCACGAGUUCCAAAUGAUUGCUAAUGAGAACAUGUUAGCAUUAGCUCAAAAAUCGGGUAAUCAGAGUUAAAGUUGCAUUUAAGUUAGUAUUAAUUUAUUCUAUUAGAGUUUUGAUUUGAAUGUUGAAUAAUAAAAUGUUGUUGAUAUACUUUG